AUGAUACUUCUAGAUGCCGGGGUAACGAUUGAGAUUAUACUGAAGGAGGGUUUUAGCGAGGAUGAUGAGGCUCUGGCUGCGGAUCUUGCCGCAUUCCGAGAUGCUCGGAGAACACCCACGAGUGCUCCAGGAGGUCGGGUUGAUUCCGACAGUGCCCAGGACGAAGUGAUUAAUGCCCGACUUCGCGGCAUUGACACCGAAGAGGAGGGGGAGGAGGAAGAAGAAGAGCCGGAAUUACCUGUAGCGGGGGAUUACGAAGGGGGGGGGGAGGAGGAUGUGUAG